AUGCCCACUUAUACAAUUUUUUGCGACAACAUCCCCAACGGCAGGGCCUUCUGCCAGAUCAAUGCAUCAGUUACCCUCAUUGAUGCAUUACCGGAUUUGUUUAAGCAGCUUCGCCUAUGCGAGGCUAAUUUUGGUACUGUGGACCCUCAUGGGUCUACGCUCUUUCUUUUUGACGAGUUCAUUGGGAAGACCACUGCAAAGGUCGACUUGACUCAAUCUCUUCAUGAGCAGGGUGUCCUAGACGGUGCCUCACUUUAUCUCGCAAUGCCGGAGGCUAACUUAUCCGAUGACGGCGCAGCGCCGGUGCCCAUGACCGAAAACCAAGUUUCCUCUCACUCAUUUGCGCAGUCCAACACGUCGGAGCUCCCAAUGACUUUUUCCCAAUCGCCCGGUAACAAACCCCAAAGCAUCCUCGAUGGGGAGGAGCAGAGCCGCACACCGGCCCCCAUUAGGCCUCCCAGUAUUACCACCACGUCGUCCUCGGUGCGGCGCCGGACGUGUAACAGCCUGGGCAGCACCCAGACGCUGCGUGUGCAGCUGGACCCCGAGACACAUAUCAUCGAAGUUCCAUGUAUGACUUCCCCCGAGCCUUUGAUGAUUCCGAGCGCCAAAACGAUGAACGGCAUGGUUGUGCAGACCCUUGCGGAUAUUGGCUCCGAGUUCUGUCCACACCUCCGCCCGAUGCUGCAGUAUUUAGCCAGCUUAAUCCUUACCCGUCGCCCCAAAGACCCCGAACAAUGCAUUAUAGAUCACCUUGAUGGAAAGCAUCUAGGCGACUCACAGGUAGCCUCGAACGAUCGCUUUUCUCAUGCGAGACGCGAGAGCGACAGAAUGCAGGAGGGCGCCCAAGGUGAAGUCUACGAUGCUAACAGUAGUGCAUCGAAUGAAACGACUUCGCGGAAGUCUGGCGAGCAUCCCCACCGCCAAGAGCGAGCCACAGCACCGUCAUUGACGUCUUCUUUCUUAUCGAAUGGGCCGAAGACCGUUGCUGAACGCUUAGCCUCCGCGGCUCCGCCCGGUCCUGGCCGCAAAUUUCUUCUAAAGCUGGCAAAGCUUCUCUUAGACGUCAAACCUCGCGAUUCUGAGGAGUACUUGUGCACGCGACUGGAGGGUCGUUGCUUCAGUGAGGAAGUGGUCGCCACGAAUGCGCUGAUGCACUCCAUCAGUGGGCUUCUCCUAGCGCCGCCCAAUGACCCCACGGAGCUCAUGCUACUGAAGGGGGUGCCGGUGGACUCGCCAGGCUACACGGUGGCGGUUAAUGCCCUUUCGCUGCUCUUUGGUAAAAAACCGUCUAACCCUAUCAACUAUCUUUUCGACCAUUUUAUACACCGAUGCCGAUCGAGCACGGUCCACUCCGGCGCCUCUUCAAACAGACAUCACACUGAGGACGACUCUGCCAGCAGCGUCUCGCACAACUUGUGCUGCUCCUAUGUAGAAAACGCCGAGGGCGAGCGCGAGGUGGAGCCUAUGAGCAGCGCAGAGCAUGAACUGUGCAUGAGCAACUUCCUCAAGGUGAUCCAGAGCCGCUGCUCGCAGGAGGGCUUGACGCCACCUUGCAGCAUUGAUCUUCGUCGGUUGAUGUCGUCCUCGCUUGGAUGGGGACGGGAUCGGCAGGGCGGGGCUCGUAACCAAUCCGCAUCUACCAAGGAGGCUAGCACCCAAACCCUCCUGCAAUUUGGAAUCCCCCGCUCUCAACCUCGAGAAGACACCAGUGGCAACAAAGCGGAACCCAGGCUUAUUAACGCGUCCGUUGGUUCUUCACCUAAAGGCGGGGUGAUGUCAGCUUUUCCAGUAGGUGCGCAAUCCUGUGGCGCUGAUAAGGAUACUAAGCAGGGCUCCGGGACUCCAUUUAAUCCAACAUUUAAGCCCUUGGGGUUCACGUUUGGUUCCGAUCUGCCUUCUGAGGCAGUGCCUUCUACACAGGUUAAGCAUUCUAUUGCUUCAGGAAAAGGCGCGACACAAGAGAGAACCACCUCUCCCAUGCAAAAAACGACCUCGUCUUCUCAGGGCUUCACGGCGAAUUUGCCACAGAUGUCGAUCCCGUUGGAGGAACAGACCCGCAUUUGUGCAGAAUUCGAUCAGUUACGGCUUCGUGGUGAGCUGCGGCAGGAACGUUUAAUGCACGAAAUCGCGACGUUGCGUCGUGAGAAAGAAUAUCGGGAGAGUAUUGCCACGAUUUACGACGGGGCCUCUGAAAAGAGCGCCGCCCAGGCCGCUGCGGAGGCUCUUUAUCAAGCGGAGUGCCACUUAAAAUUUUUGCAGGAUCACGAUCGUACGCUGCGGGAGAUGAUGCAACGUCAUUUGCGAGCAGUUUCCCUUGCCACAACAGCGCACGCGGGUUCUGCCCAACCUUCAAUAACUCCACUGCAUCCCUUCUCGCUAUGCCAUUCUCUUUACCCGCCAUACACCGCCACUCCCGCAGCACAGGGGUUUGGCUUACCACGAUCGAGCAUUCGUUCUGAUGAAUUCGCGGCUACAGAGCUGGAGAUUUUAAAAAAGUGUGUGGAGUUGCUUGCUUUAGAACAGUAUCGAGCUAGGGGUUAUGCAGGAGGGGGAGAUCCCGAAUUUGGUGGUGUCUACAGCUAA